AUGUCGUAUUGCUACGACGAAAAGCCUCCCCCGCCCCCGUUGCGGUACGCCUCGGCCUCGUCGGUGAACGGAAUCCGGAACGGCCUCGACCUGAAGCCAUUGCCAAUAACGCCGGAGCAGAAAUAUUAUGAUCAACAUUCAAUCGCCUCCUCGAGUGCACCUCUGAUCGUCAAUGGGAAGCCGAAGAAAAAGACCGUCUUUGGCGGAAAGAGUAAGAGAUUUUGGAUAAAAAUUAGGCAAAAUUUUGCAAUUUUUUUUUUUUUUUUUUUUUUUUUUUGAAAAUUUGUUUUUAUUUUACCUUAAUUCUUUUCAGGUAAGAAAGACAAGGAGAAGGUCUCGGACAAGCCCAUCAUCUCCCUCCCGUCCGAUUUCCAGCACACUGUUCAUGUUGGCUAUGAUCCCCACACUGGAGAGUUCACGGGAAUGCCCAAACAUUGGGAACUUUUACUUCAACAGUCCCAAAUUUCCAAGUCCGAACAACAAAAGAAUCCUCAAGCCGUUCUAAACGCACUGAAAUACUACACAAAUCACGAUCAAAAGAAUCAAAAAUGGAUGCAGAGCUAUGACGGUAAGGUUUUUUUCGAUAUUGUUCUUGGUGUUUUAGGUAGAGCUGAUAUUUUUGAUGUUGGAAUUGAUCAGAACCUUGUGGGUUUUGAUCUGGAAAUGUGUGAAAAAGAAUAAUCUUCCUAGUUCUAAAGGAUUUCUUUAUUUUUAAAGCCUUUAUCCAACUGAAAUGAUUUCCAGCUAAUUGGAUACCUAAUUUUAGUUCGAGAGCAACUCUCCCCGCACGGCGCUGCUCACACAAACCACGGGUAUCAACAUUAUGUCCAAGCCAGUCAGUCCAAUUACAAACACCCUCAACUCUCCUCCUUCGGCCUUCAACAUUCUUCGUAUUCCACCGGCUCAUUACCCUACCUCACCCAAUUGAAACAACAACAGUCUUCUCACCCUCAACCCCCGCAGAACUUGGUCAGCGCGCAUCGGAAGUUCAGUCAAGGCGAAACGCAUCUGAAUAACAUCAAUGGCUACAAGAGUGAGAGACUCAGCAGCGAAAGUGAGUGAUUUAUAUUACUUUAGAUGAUUUUAAGUGUUUAGAGAUAAAUUAAUAUGCUUUUUGAUAAUUCGAGUGUUGCGUCAGCCCUUGUUGAUCUAUUUUUUGCUCGGUUUAUUAAAAAUUUCCUUCAGGAAGUUCUCGCGAAGAAGAACUCGAUCGAUUCAUCAGCCAGAAUGCCCCGCCAAAGCCAAAAGAGCUCUCAAGUCUGCAUCCUUCCACUAUUUCAGCGCGUUCCCUGCCCGAUGAACACCGAAAACGCGAUUCUCAACCGCCGGUAAGUAGUUGUUUCGAGUUUUAUGUUUUCUUGGCACCUUUUUGGUAGUUUAUGGUCUAUCUUGCAGAAUUACGCUCCUCCCCCGAUUCCCGAGGACAAUGCCGAAGCCCCGCCCAUCCCUGAGAGGCCUAUGAAGACACUAUCGAUUGUAAGUGGUUGCAAUUUUUGAGUUGUUAAGUCUAUUGGGUUGUUCAGAAAGUUCCUUCGUUUUUUUAUUCUUUUUUUUUAGAAGGGUUUUAUUGUUUGGCAAUGUGAAUAUAUUCAUCUGAUACAGCUUUUUCUUCUCUACAAAACUGUGCCUUCAGUUUUUUGUGAAAAUUUAAUUUUUUAUUAUUUUUGGGGCUCAAAAGUGAAUACAUUACACUUGAUAACCUUGUGUUAUUUAGUACACAAAACCGAAAGAAGAAGAGAACCGAACCCCGAAUGAUGUGGCAGUCCUCGAGAACGGCGCUUUCGGCAAAUCCCCCGCCACUCGGCAGAAUCGCCGCAAGAUCAGCGACGCCGAGGUUCUUCGCCGUCUGAAGACGAUCGUUACGCUCGGAAACCCCGAGGACAAGUACAAGAAACUGCAGAAAAUCGGUUCCGGCGCUUCUGGAUCGGUGUUCACUGCAAUGGAAAUGACCACAGGCGCUGAGGUCGCCAUCAAACAGAUGAAUCUCAGUCAGCAACCGAAGAAAGAAUUGAUCAUCAACGAGAUCCUGGUGAUGAGAGAGAACAAACACCCCAACAUUGUGAAUUAUCUCGACAGUUAUCUGGUGGGCGACGAUUUGUGGGUGGUGAUGGAGUAUCUGGCUGGUGGAUCGUUGACGGAUGUGGUGACGGAAUGCCAAAUGGAGGAAGGAAUGAUCGCUGCCGUCUCGAGGGAGGUUCUCCAGGCAUUGGAGUUCCUACAUUCGAGAAGAGUGAUCCAUCGAGACAUCAAGAGUGACAAUAUACUCCUUGGAAUGGAUGGAUCCGUCAAAUUGAGUGGGUUUCUUUGGUAUUUGUAGUAGAUUAUAGUGUACAUGGUGUAAAACAAAUAUUUUUUAUUUUUUUCUCCUGUAAUGUAUUGUUUUUAGCUGAUUUCGGCUUCUGCGCUCAGAUCUCGGCCGAACAGAACAAGAGAACAACACUGGUUGGAACUCCUUAUUGGAUGGUAAGUAUAAUUUUAUUUUGUCGUAAAUGCUUCAAUUUAAAAGAAGGAUCACAUUAACUGUUGAUUACAGGCUCCUGAAGUGGUUUCUCGACAACAAUACGGCCCGAAAGUGGACGUCUGGUCUCUGGGAAUCAUGGCCAUCGAGAUGGUUGAAGGCGAACCUCCGUAUCUCAAUGAAAAUCCCCUUAGGGUAAGAGCUUCUGGACGGCAAUUGAGAAGAUUUUGUUGGAUUAUAAUGAUUGAAUUUUUAUUUUUCCAGGCGAUUUAUUUGAUCGCAACGAAUGGUCGACCAGACUUCCCCGGCCGUGAUCGAAUUUCCCCGACCUUCCGAGACUUCAUCGACGCCGCGCUAGAAGUGGAUGUAAAUCGGCGAUACUCGGCCGCGGAGUUGCUGAAACACCCAUUCCUUCGAUGUGCCAAGCCAUUGAAUGGCCUCUACUAUUUGAUUGAAGCUGCCAGAAGAGCGAUUGCCGAUCAACAAGUACAGCAUUAA